GGAGCCUGAGAACUGGCAGCGCUAUAAUCGCCACUCUCCCCAGAACAGGCCGUUGCUCUCAGAGCUGCUGCGCUCAGUCCGCCAGGAGUUUCGCAGCGUUGUGGAUUGUUCGCAUUGGCCGAUCAGGUGCGACUGCAGAGACGCCAGUGUGUUCCAUCUGCCGCAAAGGGAGCCGCUGUUCGUGUUUGGAAAGUUCAUUCACCCUGCUCUUUGCCUGCUUUGUGCUAAUAACGCUGGAUUGAGAGGCGGCGCAGAAGGAGACAGGUGAUGGGCGUUUCACUGGAUCCGUUGGGCUGAUCCGAGCGCUAAACCAUGCGCAUCCUGCGCCUCAUCCUCUGCUGAAGCCUCAGCCGGCCGAGUGGAUUUAGAAAGCUGCGAUUUGCUGGGCUGUUGUUUUGCCCCUGAGGGAUGUUACUGACUCCCCCGGCUACAGGAGCGGGUCUGCGGCUCCUACUGCAAAACGUUGCGUUGUCAUUGAGCAGAAAUCGCAGCAGGACGCAAUGAGGAUCUGGGCUUGGAUUCUGCUGCUAAGCGUCUGCUGCUCUUACCUGUCUCCUUCAUUGGGCGAGGAAGCAGAGAUCCCCCAGGAGCUGAUCGAGAGGCUGGCUCACAGCGAAAUCCGCAGCAUCAGCGACCUGCAGCGUCUCCUGGACAUUGAUUCCGUAGGAGGAGGCGAGGAUGCUUCUGCAGCCAACAUAAGAUCACAAAAACACGACUUCCAUCAUAAUAGGCUGGUGCCAGAAAAGCGCUCCGUUCCCAGUCGCAGAAAAAGAAGUGUUGAAGAAGCAGUCCCUGCUAUCUGUAAAACAAGAACUGUUAUAUACGAGAUACCUCGUAGCCAAAUUGAUCCAACAUCUGCCAAUUUUCUGAUCUGGCCUCCAUGCGUGGAGGUGAAACGAUGCACGGGAUGCUGCAACACCAGCAGUGUCAAGUGCCAGCCAUCAAGGAUACACCACAGGAGUGUCAAGGUGGCAAAAGUAGAAUAUGUAAGAAAGAAACCCAAAUUAAAAGAAGUUCUUGUGCGGUUAGAGGAACAUCUGGAAUGCACGUGUACAGCAAAUUCUAAUUCAGAUUAUCGAGAAGAAGAAACUGGAAGGACUAGGGAAACAGGUAAAAAACGGAAAAGAAAAAAACUAAAGCCAACUUAAUAACCGUCUGGAAAGUAAUUUUGAACGGCAGAUGUGAGGUGAAAAUAAGCUAGACAGGAUCAUCUGGGACUCGGAUGUGUACGCCAUGUUACAUUCCCGAAUCUUCUACGUAUGGUGCUUUAUUGACUGUUUCGUGUUUGUUCUCUUGUGCAGAAAGACAGGGAAAAAAAACUUGUUCAAACGCCACUCUGUGAGAACAAAGGAACAAUGUGCAUUUCUUUAAUGUGACAUCAAAGCAAGUAUUGCAGCACUCUUACAGAGAAGAGACCGCUUCCCCUGUCAGAAAAAACUGCAGCAACAAAUCAAGAUGGUGGAAAGAAGGAUAUCAUAUUAAAAGUACUGCAAACAGAUUGAAUAGAGGCCUGAUGUCCAAGCAAUGGUGCUUUAUGUCAAGAGAUGUGCCUGCUUUUGCUGGUUUAAGAUGGAUGUUUAUUGAUGGAAACAUGGCAAAGAUAAGCCAGGAAUGUAUCAAAUGAAUGUGUCUACACAGAAGCUACAAAAACAAUGCAUCCUUGCUCAGUGGUGUUUAAAGUCUUCACAAAUACCUGGGAAGCCUUAAGUGGACUUUUUUUUUUAAAUUAAACAUAACGUACCUAUUAAGCUUUGGGGUAGCAUCCUAGCACUAAGCAACCGUCUGCCUCUUUAGCGGUCCAUGAGUGCUAGACAUAGGUCUAGUCCUAUUGGGCAGAGGAAGAGUUCUAUAGUGUUGGAUUUGUUUUAGGUGGAUUCACUCUUGAUGGCUAUGCAGGUAUAAAAUAUUCGAUAAUGUAUCUAUUAUUUUGUAAUUAUUGUUGAAAUUCCAACUUGACACUUGUUUCCGGAAAUACAAAGAGCUGAUGGUU